AUGACUAACUCCUGCUGCUCCUCUUGCUGCCAGCCCACCUGCUGCAGAACCACCUGCUGCAGGACCACCUGCUGCCGCCCCAGCUGUGGCUGCAGCCCUUGCUGUGUGUCCAGCUGCUGCCGCCCUUCCUGUGGUGGAUCUAGCUGCUGCCAGCCCAGCUGCUGUGGCUCCAGCUGCUGUGGCCAAAGCUGCGGUGGGUCUGGCUGCUGCCAGCCUUGCUGCCGCCCAACUUGCUGUCAAACCACCUGCUGCAGGACCACCUGCUGCCGCCCCAGCUGUGGCUGCAGCCCUUGCUGUGUGUCCAGCUGCUGCCGCCCUUCCUGUGGUGGAUCUAGCUGCUGCCAGCCCAGCUGCUGUGGCUCCAGCUGCUGUGGCCAAAGCUGCGGUGGGUCCGGCUGCUGCCAGCCUUGCUGCCGCCCCAGCUGCUGUGGCUCACCCUGCUGCCAGCCAGUGUGCUGCACACCUGUGUACUGCACGAGAACCUGCUACCAACCCACAUGCUGCUGCCUGCCCGGCUGCCUAGCCCAGGGCUGCGGGUCCUGCUGUGGAUCCAGCUGCUGA